AUGAACCAACAAGAAGGAUUUUGUAAUGCAGAAGUUGUGCUGAAGAUUGCAAAACAUUAUCAAGAACAGAUGAAGCAGAUUCCGAUCCCGAGGAUUCGCAGGAAGGACGCCAUCUUCGUCACGUGGUGGGCACUAGCAAAUUCCAUGAAGCAGUUUUAUGGGCAGCCAUUGCACUACAUGACUCAAGUUCUGGUAAAGCAGUGGGAUGAGUCAAGAAUUGGCAGUGUGGAAGAAGAGAAGCCAAUGGACAACAUUAUUCAUCCAAGGAGAGCUGAAUCCACCAUUUGGGAUGUUGAACAAGUCCACAGGCAAUGCACUUCUCACAUUCAUUUGGCCAAGCUCUGGCUUUCUGACCCCGAGUACCAUGCUUUUGUUGAUGAGGUCAUCCCCUCGUCUAAGCUGGUUGCAUGA